CUCACAAAAGAAAGGGAAAUGCAUCCAAACCCAGCGAGGUGGAGAAUACAGGGGAAAGUUCCGCACUGUAGCUGAAAGUGAGUGCACACUGCGGGGAUCCGCCAGAGAUGUGAGGGGUCCCAGCAGCCACCCAUCCCCCUGUCCGCUCAAGAACAAGCCAGGACGGAAUGCAAUGACCUGGGUGAACGGGCAAGCAGUGAAAAGCUUCUUUUCUCUGAACCCCCACCUGUACAACAGCCAGCGAGCACUCGAGCUGCCCAAAUAGGAGGGCACGACUGCUGAGACUGAAAGCAGCAGACGCAUACAAACGCUUCUUCAGAGACAGUGGCUCUCUUGACCUACGCAGAGGUUUUAAGGAUCUUGAAUCUUGACCAACAUCCCGGCAAACCAAAACAUCUUGUCUAAAAACAUCGUGAAUGUGUGCAAAACAGAGCCAGCCCCCUGACGCGGUUCCCCCAGUCCGGUUCUGUCCUCUCAGGGGAUGGCCCGGGUCGAGGAUGGACACGCAGAGGAUUAUGAAAGCUCUGUGAUGUUAGAGGAUGGUCAGGAUGGUAUGGACAGUAGCAGUCUGACUCCUGGCUCAGCUCGACAGGUCUGCAUCCAACGCCAUCCCAGCCACGGCUUCGGUUUCAUCGCAGGCAGCGAACGGCCUGUGGUUGUACGCUCCGUCUUUGCGGACGGACCAUCGAGUGGCAAGCUUUUCCCCGGAGAUCACAUCCUUGCCAUCCACCAGGAACUCGUGAGCGACGCAGCCCGGGAGAAAGUCAUAGACCUUGUAAGACGGUGCAAGGACUCGAUUGUUCUCACUGUGCUGCAACCGCAACAGUCACCUAAGUCUGCCUUCAUAAGUGCAGCCAAGAAAGCUCGUCUGCGAACCAAUCCCCCCAAAGUGCGCUUUUCUGAGCAAGUGUCCAUCAGCGACCCAGACUCAACCAUGAUUAAAGACGACUCUUUGCUUCUGAUACCAAAUGUGUUAAAGGUGUUUCUGGAAAAUGGACAGAUCAAAUCCUUUACAUUUGACAGCCGCACCACUGUUAGGGACGUGAUAUCAUCGCUGCAGGACCGCCUCUCUCUACGCUACAUUGAGCAUUUCUCUUUGGUGCUGGAGUCUAGUGGACUGGCCCAGAACCAGGGACUGCAUCUGCUCCAGGAAAACCAGUCAUUGUCUCAUGUAGUGCACAGGACCUACUUCCAGGGUAUGAAGUGUCUUUUCCGAAUCUGCUUCUUCCCGAAGGACCCUGCUGAAUUGUUGAGAAGAGACCCUGCUGCAUUUGAGUACCUCUACAUACAGAGUCGCAAUGACGUCAUUAAAGAGCGUUUUGGAAUGGACUGGAAGUCUGAUCUGACACUUAAGUUGGCAGCCCUCCACAUCUACAUCACUGUGUCAAUUGCGAGACCCAAUCAGAAGAUUUCUCUCAAGCAUGUUGAGAAAGAAUGGGGUUUGGAACCUUUUCUUCCUCUGACCCUGUUGCCCACUGUCAAAGAGAAGAAUGUCUGCAAGACCCUUUCACAGCUGUUGAAGACGUAUCAGCAUCCUCCUCCGGCUGGUAACAAGGUUUCUCCAUUACAAGGAAAGUUACAGUAUAUGCGUGUCUUGAAUGACCUUCCACCAUUUGGAGGAUUCUUGUUUCACACCGUUGGCCUGGAUGAAAAGCAAUCAGCCACUACACUGUUAGUUGGGCCGAGGCACGGAAUCAGUCAUGUGAUUGACCUGAAGAACAACUUAACCACGGUCCUGGCAGAGUUCAGCCGUGUGGCCAAAGUCCAACUCUCCAGAGAGCAUCAUGGAGUAGCCCGCGUCGAGGUUGUUAUUUUGGACGCGAAGCCCCUGGUCUUGUUAAUGGAGUGGCCAGAUGCAUCAAACUUUGCUUGUUUGAUCUCUGGUUAUUACAAGCUCUUUGUGGACCCUAAAAAGACCAUCUACUGCAGGAUACCUGGUCAGCCUUAUACGAUCAAGGCAGAUUCCAGAAGCUCCCAUGCCCAUUCCCGCUCCGGAGCCACUGUGAUAAGCGGGAGCCGACGAGAAGAGAGAGACGGGUCGUCCAGAGAGGCAAUACUGAAGACGUCAGCACCACCAGUAUCUCAGCACCUUGGCCUGUGUCACAUCCAUUUAAAAGAGCAACAACAGCUGCAAGACCUUCAGCUACAGACAGAGCAGGAGCUUGACAUUAAUGAGAACCUUAUCUCGCAGGUGCAGAGUCGUUCACGAACAAAGUCUGACCCAACUGUAAAAAGCACUGAAUCAGUGGCUGAACAAGACACUCCUGCAGAUGAGAACUCAAACUUUAGGGUCAGAGCGAAAACAAUGGAGAAGUCAGAGCAAGCAAAGAGGGUAUUCUGUGACUCAUGCAAAGCAAAACUCCAGGCUAAUGGUUUAGUGUCAGACACUGGGGAAUCUGGAAAGCUUAUUUUACAGCAGUGCACAAAUGCUUGCGCUUCACGCGGAGCAGGAGCUGUUGACCUCAUUGCCUUACCACUCCCUGGAAAUGAGGAGGAUGAGGAGGUAGAUGAAGGGGUAGGAAAGUUGCAGCCUCCCCCUCCUGCCAUAGCUGCGCCACCACCAGGGUUUCGUGAUAACAGCUCUGAUGAAGAUGACCCGAAAAAGGGUCGGAAAGGAAUCAAAGCUGCUUCUGCUGCUACGGCAGAGGGUCAAGAGGCAGUUCCUGUAACAUUGAUUGACAACGUGGCCACUCGGACAGUUCAAGAUCAUGCUCAGGAGUUAGAUGAUGCAUUGGUGUCCACCCUUCAGGCACUGGAAGCACUCGCUGCAUCAGAGGACUACCCGCAUCAUCACCAGCAGACUCCACAGACAGCAGGGUUAAUUGUGCUUGCUGCCAUAACCCCGGAAUCUUCCUUAGACUCUGGGCAUGAGACAAAUUCCUCAGAGCUAACAGAUGUGUCUGAGAUGGUUUCAGCCAUGAAGCAACAUCAGAACCAGGCCUAUAUUCUUGCCCACCACAUCAACAAAGAACAACUUUUUACUCGACGAGACUUCCCCUUGACAAUCCCUGGCUGUACUACGCAAACAAUUGGGGGAGGGGCUUUUUCAAUGAGUCAGAUCCGUGGCAGGGGUGCACCAAAGUCUUUGAUCUUAAGUAAGACUGUGCCCUUAAAAGUGUGUCCCAAUCAAGGCACUGGUAAUGCAGUGGAGCUGGGAAAAAGCCACGAAGAAUCAAAAACUGAGAAAGAUGCUGCGAACACCGAAGCAGACUCUGUCAAAGAGUCCUUGUCAGAGUCUGACACCCCACAGACAUAUGAAGAACUAAAAGCAUUUAAACAGGGCUCAAAAGAAGAGAAAUGUCCUCCUGCUAAUGAAGAAAUGCUGAGCUCCAAUACCUCUGAGGGUGUCCAGGAACAACUGUCUGGGGAAGCCUCCCAAGAAACAACCAACAUAGCCUUACCUGUUCUCCUAACUGUGGAUAGAACAGCAUCUGCUAACAUUUGCUUGAUGAAUAUAUGCCAAGAUGCCGAGACUGCCUCAAGUGAGACCACUAAGCCUUCACGGGAUCUUCUCCCAACUGCUGAUUUGUUCUGCACAUGUCCAAUACGGCCAGAGCCAGGCCCACAGGUGCGUCUAAGAGAUCCACAAAGGGUGGUAGCGUUUCGCUCAUCCUCUCCAACCGAUGACGAGCAUCUCCGUGCCAAAGGACUUCAGUUAACUAGCAACAAAGAGAGUACAGCUAAGACAACAGAUGCAAGUAUAUCUAACACUAGCACCCUGCCUCCCACUAAAUAUUCACCAGUUACGCCAAUUAAAGUAGAACAGAAAGAGAAGCCAGAGGCAAAAGGGGAAAACACUAAAGCUUCUGUGGAACAGCAAAAAAAGAGUUUGCCAGUCCUGCUAAACCCAACACAUGUUCUGAGCUGUGCGGAAAAGGGUGCGACUAUCCCGGGAGCAGAGUAUAAGAAGCAAGUAAAUAACAAAGCCAAAUCCCAGCGCAGUACUCCAUUUAUGAGUUUCAGGAAUUUAAUUUCAGCCACUUUCCCAGCACGUCUGCGUCGAGAGACCGAUGAGCGCCGGGCUCAGCUUCAGAAGGUCAGGCAAUAUGAGCUCGAGUUUCUGGAAGAGCUGCUAAAACCUAAAACAUCACAAGGAGAGUUCUUGCCCCAGGGAUCUUCCCCAGUCCCGUCUUUUACCCCUUGUGCCUGCCAGCUCCGCACAAGUCCGGUACAGAAAGUUCCUGGAAUUUUACGAGAACAGAGACGCAGCUGUGAUUGUAAGAGGAUGUGCCGGGGGAUGCGUCUCCCAGACACAGCAGUUGGUUCUGCAAUGGAACAGAGAGGAAGGGAGAGGACAAUUUCUAAAACACCCCCAGUAAUCCCAAAGAAUCCACAUGCCCCAGAAGAGAUACGAAAACCUCAGACUUUGGAAAUCAAAACUACGCGAAUCCGCUCCACAAGCCUUGAGUCAAGGGAACCCAGAGAAACACCCACAUCAUGCACCACUCAUUCAGAAAGCAUGGGUGCACCUCAAUACAAAAAGCUACAAAGACGAUAUAGUAUAGGGGAGAUUGAUAACAAUGGAAACACCCCCCUGUACGCUGAGGUCAAAACUACAAAAGCAAAGAGCUUGGAGAAAGAAAUGGAAAGAGUCAGGGCCACUGGACUUCGACUCCCAACUCCAGUGGAACCUGCACAUGCUAAAGACGGAGAUGCAAAUAAGAAGGGAAUAUUUUUUAUUCUGGAAGAGAAGCUUGUUCAGGAAAGCCGUGAGGGUACCACCGAGGUUCUAGGGUUGCCAAGUGAGGAUACAGAGGAAAGGGAAAAGUGCUGCUCCUUUUGCUUCUGUUAUCGAAAAUGUGAGGGCGCUGAUGAGAGCAGCGAAAAGGAUGAACUGUCUUAUUCCAUCCCCUUGCAGGUCUUGCCUGGAAUGCAACUAGAUUCGAGGGCAGUGCCAGUAGUGAGCAAAACUCUUCAAGUUCUUGAUGCAGAGGAUUGCAGUGGAGAGGAGGAGGAGGAAGAAGAGGAGCCGCAAACACAGAGGAUUGAUCUGAGGGCCUCUGGGAACCUGGAAAGUAGUUUGGGAAGAGUACAGUCCUUGCAGGGCAAAACUUUCUCACUACCUGAUGGAUUCCUAAACGCACAACUUGAUGCCAACGAGCUGAUCUCAAUUUUAAGGCAAUGUGCCAACAGUCCCCAAAUAGAGGGUGAACCUCGCAUUCCACCUGCAAGAUUGGCAGAAUACAAGCAAGAACUUGCACUCCAUUUUAAAGAGUUCAGGGCAUCAUGUAGGCGAGUGGCGAGUGUUGAGAAAAGUCCCUCACGAAUGCUAAAUGCUGUUACAGCUAGCUUUCAGGUGCUGUGUGACCUCACUCAGACGUUCAUUCGGCUGGUCAGAGGCGUACGCUCUGAAACUCAAAAACUACAGCUUUUACGUAAAGUAGAGGAGGUAGCGGUCAACUACACGCUUCUUCUGCGGGCUGCCGAGGAGGCAAUGGGACACUCUAGUAGCCUCCCCAAUAAAAGUGCAAGUCCUCAACUCAUUACCACCACUAAUGUUGGCUCUCUGAAUCGUUCCAUCAAAACAUUGCCCAGCAAGUAAUGAGUCCAUUUCACACAUAGCAUCAUGGGGCGGCCGGACAGUCACUUGCUCGACACAAACAACGGGGCAGGAAUCUUUUAUAGUCAUUCAUGAGUUUACAUUUUUUACUGGUCUUUCUGUUAGAUUACUGCCUGCUAAACUCCAUUGCGGCAUAAUACAAUCCAUUGUUAUCCUUUAUAAAGGUUGUUCCAACUUGUAACUAGAAGCCCUUUGAUAUUAUAAAUGUGCACAGGAGUAAGACAAAACACAGAGUGUGUAGGUGAUGGAUAACCGACAGGCCUGGUAACUUUGUGUCUUUAGAGAAAGGCUACUGUGAAAUUGAGUUUGUUUUUGUAUGUUUAGUUGUUCCUAUAUUUAAAUCCUAAAAUAACUAUCUUGGGAAGGGCUGCAGUUGACAGGAAGUGUCUGGGUUAUUUUGUGUCUCCAAACAUGGUUUAUAGAAUAUAUAUGGAAAAACAAUAUUAUCAUUAUUGCAAUUCCAAUUAUUGUAGACGUUAUACCCACAUAAUCACAAAAAAAAUGUGCCCUGGGGUGGCAAAAUAUUUUAACAGAUUUUGUAAAUUAGGUAGAGAGAGAAAUGGUUAUCUGGUAAUGUGCUUGUUUUUAAAAUUGGUUGUUGUGACAUGAAUUACUCCCCUUUCACAAUAUCAUAUAAACACUGUCUGGAUUUAUAUCUCCACAAUGGUCUAAACCAACACAUUUUUAAUGAAUAUUUAUGAACACAAGAGCCCACUGACAAGGUAGAGGAAGGAAACACCUGCUCAGGGCAGACAAUGUAGCAGAUUUAAAUUUACUGGAAUACCAAUUAAAUGUAGAGAGAGGUUGAGCUGAGACCAAGUGAAAACAAAGGGGGCUCCUCUUUGCCAAUGCACAAAAAAAUAAUAUUCUUUCUCACUCUUACACGCUCAUCCAGAACCGAUCCUGGUUCAUACCUCAAAUAGAGGAAUACAGUGGCAACAUUGAUUUCUAUAAUAGUGGGGUGGGCUCUUGAUAGACACACAAUACAGUGCAAAGGCCAAUACUUGUGUAUAUAAAAUAAUAUUGUUUUGUUUAUAUAUAUAUAUAUUAACUGUAUAACAUAUAUAAGUGCACUGACAACACCAUAGUACACAAUAUUUCCUGAAUAUUGCUUCAAAGUUUCUUCAACCCUAUUAUUUGAAAUGUCAUUUAUUUUUUUAUUUUCAUGUGAUGUCAUCAAUUGUGCACUCCCGAGAAAAACAAAACAUCCCCCCAAAUACACAGAAUAGUUUUUUAUGUAUUUUAAUAAAAUCAACUGCUGUCUUAUGUCUGAAAACGUUUCUGUGUCCUCUUCCAGUCUAUGACAUCAGAGUCUACUUAUAACAGACUCUAUUACUGUGACGUCACAACAUCUCAUUGUUCUGGAGUCUCGCAUGUUGCCACUUCUAGAUUUGAAUGAAGCAGACACCUUUAUGCCGACAACAGAAAGACUGUUCAAUGCUGGAUUUAGAUUUCAAUAUAUUGUUAGAUAAACAAAAGUACAAAUAGAAACUAGUAUUUUACAAUGCUAUUUCCAUAUAAAACUACAUUUACAAUAUGGUCAACUUGAACAUGAAAUAUUAGUAUAGCUUAAAGUCAUUUUGAAAAUAACACACACUGAGAAGAUGAAUCAAAAUUAUGUUUCUUUUUUAUCUAUCUUAUGAUUUUAGUAGUAAUGUAACCAGAGUAACUAUAUUUUAAAGUAUAAUAAAGCAUGGAACAUGUUUAUUUUUAUAAAAUGCAUUACAGUGAAAGAUAUCAUGUUUAUACAAUUUUUAAACAUCUUCUGUCAACAACUAGUUGCUUUGCCUAAUAGAGAUUUGUCUCUGUGUUUCAUUUCAUUUGUUGUGCGUGUUCAUAUUUAGUUCUUUGUUUCUGUCUGUUUAUCCUCCCACUGUAAUUCUUUUUUAUGUGCAAGGUCAUGUUUGAAAGCAAUAAAGUGUGUUAAAAAAGAACAUUUAAGUUUUCCCUUUGAGAUCCAGAGGUCAAAAUUGGCUGCACAA